AUGUGGCCAUUUUCGUCGUCUACUCCUCCCGCCGUCGAGGAUGGACGGGCGUCAGCGAAGACUAGCUUGCCGCUACUAGCUGACGAGGCAACGUCCUCGACCACAGCCGCGCCCAUCGAGUCGCCAGAGUCACUCGCAAAGGGUGAUGACUUCCACUUCACCGACCAUCCCAAUGAGCGUCUCUCGAUGCCGCCGAUUAUCCGAUGGCCAGUCAUGGCGGCUACAACGGCAGGCUAUGGAUUCAGCUUAGGAUUCUCCCUUGGCCGGCGCAAAGCCGCAGACCGAUACCGAGCAAUGAAUGCGCACCGCGUCCCGUCCACGCAGGCUGGAUGGUACCUGUACCAUCGCUCUAAAAGCUAUCAUGCGGCGGUUGGAGGAGUCAAGGAGGGCGUCAAAUUUGGUGGCAUCGUGUCAAUAUGGGCUUCAAUGUUCAUGCUCGCAGAGGAGGGCCUGGACCAGGCUCGGGGCAGGUUGUUUGCCAGAAGAGACGAUGAAAUUGCGCUUGGGCAGAGAGACGCCCUGGACACGGUGCUGGCUGCCUUGAUGACUGCUGGGCUCUAUACCCGCUGGCACAGGUUGGACGUCUUUGCGACAUCCAAGACUGCGAAAAUGGCGUUCAAGUACGGACUGCUUUAUGGUCUAGUGCAGGAUGCUAUUAGCACUGUCCGAGGAGAAAGGCCAGCAUAUCUUGUGUGGGCCUCCCGCAAGAUACGAGGAGCUGCUACCGGCACUUGA